AUGGCCACCACUACCUCUACCCUUACCACCGAAGACUUUCAGCGUGGAGGUGCCGCGUAUCCAAGCACGUGGCACUUCGACAAAGAUCUGCCCGAGGACCGAAAGAACAUCGAGAAGACGUUCAAGCUCUUGAGGGAAUACAGCGGUAUACCAGCAGACAAAGUUGAGGAGCAUGUCCACGAUAUUAGGACCAAGGCAUGGGAAGUCUUCCCAUACCCAUGCAUCGGGUCCUGGCGCUUCUUGGCAGACUACAUGGAAGAGUUUCCUGAGUAUCCUGAAGUUAUCUCCCGUCUGAAGGGAGGCGAGACCUUCCUGGACGCCGGAUGCUGCUUCGGUCAGGUGCUCCGUCACCUCUACUACGACGGUGUUCCUGCCGAGAACCUGAUCGGUACCGAUUUGUACCCCAAGUUCAUUGAGCAAGGCUACGAUCUGUUCCGAGACGAGGGAAAGUGCGGCUUCAAGUUUGUCACGGGCGACAUGCUCAACCACUCAGACCCGUCGCUCGACUGUCUAGAUGGCAAGAUAGACAUCAUUCAUGGCACGUUCCUCUUCCACCUAUUCGAUCGCGAGGACCAGAUCAAGCUGGCCACGCGUCUGGUCAAGUUCUUCAAGCCGGACGCCAAGAACGCGCUGAUUGUCGGCCGCCACACGGGCCAAGCUGAGCCCCUGGAUCCCUUUGAGACAUGGACCCUGGACAAGCUCAAGCGCUUUCUGCACACUCCAUCAACGUGGCAGGCACUGUGGGAUGAGGUUGGCGAAUUGACAGGGACGAAGUGGGUGACCACUGCCGAGGUGGUCGACCUGAAAUUACUUGACAUCGAUGACAAUUACUGGGCGAAGAGGAAGGAAAUCACGGGAGACCCGAACGCCCCGAAGACUUUGCGCUUCUGCCAAUAUCGGUAUUCGGUGCGCAAGGUGUAA